AUGGAAGAAGAAAUCGGUAAUAGUAAUAGUAAUAAUAAUAAUAAUAAUAAUAGAGAUUGGAAACAGCAAAUAGAAAUAUGCAUUAAAAUUUUACCUAUCGAACCGCUGACAAUCGAUUACAUGCGUAUCAAUAGUUCCGGUCCGGUAUCGUUAACACAAGAAUAUCGGAAUAUGAAGAUUUAUGGACUGACGAAAAAUGUGCAAGUUUUCACAAAGAAUUUCAACGUAAAUACAUUCGCGCUCAAUGUGGUGGCCGUUACUUCUCAAUUGAACGUAACCUAUAACACGACGAUGACAUUUGAUGCAGAGUACGAAAGAUAUAAGAGACAUGGAGAAAGUUAUCUAAAGCUCAAGAAACUUAAUUUUCACAUUAAAGACACAGAUAUGAAAAUAUAUUUCGAAAAUCUCUUCGGCAAGGUUUCCAGUUUAGGUGAAGAUAUGAACAGAUUAUUAAACGAAAACUCCAAAACAAUCUUCCAAGAAGUUAAACCGGCUCUAGAAGAGAUCUUUAAACAGGUUAUCACUGGAAUAGCCGUUAAAAUUUAUUCCAACGUACCAUUAAACAAAAUCUAUCCACCCGAGUAAGCAAUUAACAACUUU